GCUUGCUCUACCAAUCACACAACUUGAUGCACCAGCGCUUGUCAAGCCUCUAUCAUCCUACGGAGUCAGAAUCAUAGGCGUCAAUAUAUUCGUCAUCAAAGUGGUCGUAAAGUCGUGGCUCUGCGUGGUAGAACUAUCGACAAGGUCAAUUCUGAGCAGGAACCUGGAUCGCAGCGGCGGCAGUGCCCCAUCCAAGAAGUCCGUAAAGCCAUUCGACGGUGGUUGGAGGGAGGACAAGCUUGGGGUCAUCAUUUGCAGCGAUGUUGUGUGCCUCCUGUGCGAUUGUGUGUCAACCCAUCGAGUUCAGGCUACGGAAAGCAAUAUUGCUAACAUUCUGCUUAUCUUGCUCCUCCUUCUCGGCUUUCGCUUUCUCGGCUUCUGCAUCAGCAAAAGCUUGCUCGCGCUUCUUGGCGAUCGCCUUGAUUGCGGCCUUGCGAGUAACUUCGGCGUCCUUCUUUCUCGGCGGCCUGGCGCUCCUUCCAGGCAGUCUUCUCAGCUUCAAGACGAAUCUUGGCUGCUUUCUCGUCGGCCUUGGCGCGUGCGGUCUGAGCAUUGGCUUCCUCUUUGCGACGGAUGAUAGAAGCGGUCGUGGUCGCCUGAGAUCAGUGUCGAAUUAAUCCAGAACGUUUCGAGAGUUUGAAAACACACAUACCUUGGUGAGCUCUUCGCCUGCUUUCUUGAUGGCGUCGUCACGCUUCUGGGCUGCGAUCUUGGUCAGAUGCGCGAUCUCCUUCUCGUAGUCAGCCUUGGCUUUCGCGAUGGCGGCGUGCUCUUUCUUAGCGGCCAGUGCCUUGACUGCAUUGGCCUUCUCUUCGGCCUGCUUGGUGGCCUCUUCGGCAGCGGCAACGGCUGCAGCCUUGGAAAUGAUCUCGGCUUCAAUGGCAGCCGCAUCCUUGCUUUGUUCUUCGGACUCAGCCGAGUCAUCGGCAGCGGCUUCAGCUUCAGCGGCAGCAGCUAGAGCAGCAGACUGGGCUGAGAGAUGAUGUCAAUAAUCGCUAAACAUGCUGCUCAACCAGAAUCUACCUUCGUCAGCUCGCUGUUCGAGUAGGAGCUCGGCCUGCUCGGCUGCUUCGCGAGCAGCUGCAGCUUCUUGUGCGGCUGCAGCCUCUUUCUCCGCAGCAACAUCAGCGGACGAUGGAAUCGGAACAGGAGGCAUGGUAUAUAGGAAGGGUAUCGUGAACUACAGACAGGGAAGGGGAAGGGCGAAAGGCAGGCAGAUAGCCAAACGCGAGAAGACCUCAAAAGGAGCCCAAUUACUAGGGGUCCAAUAUACCAGAUCGGACCCAUGUGCGGCAAUCCACAAUUUGCAAGGAUUUGAUCGACGAGCACCCUUCAUUUAAUGCUCGUUUGACCUGGAUAAAUUUGACCGGUAAAUCCUCACAAUCCGCCAUUUUCAACACACCCGAAGGCAGAGCGAAGCCACCAGACGCUCGCCAGGCAAGUGUUUAAACUAUCAUCAAAAUUUCUGCUGCUUGAUCGACAUUGGGGGGUCGGCUAGGCAUUCUUCCAGACAAGUGUUUGAAAGUUAUCACUCUGGCUUGUCAUGUCAAAUCGAGAUAUUGAGCAACGCUGGGAAGAAGAUGACAUUAAUUGCAGAGAAACAAGCU